AUGACGGUGUAUAUCGAAGAAAAAUUGGCGAGAGCUUGGGAAGGCAUAGAGGUGAAAAGGGGCUUCGAGCCAACAGUCGAACAACUGGCGGACGUGAUCAUGGAGGUGCUGGGCGGCGUUGGAGACGAUAAGUGUGUUGUCAGAACUGUCAACCUCUGCGUGACGCACCCGGAAGCCUCACCAGGCUCUUCGGAUCAAACACAGCUGUUAGAUUCUGGCUCCGAUGAUAGAGCUACAAUAUUUCGCGGACACUGGCUAAACUUCACCUUCCCUCUAGAUGAAAAGAGAUCCUACCGAAUAUCCGUCGAAAUCACCGUCCAAGACACCACAACGCUCCAUUCCAGCAAGAUCAGCAAGGAACUAAAUACACAAUCCGCCGACUGA